UACCCUUUCUCCGUAGACCGUAAUCCCCUGUAAAACUAAAUCCUUGAGCCGCCCGUGUAAUUUGUACCAAUAUAACAGUCAUUAAAAGAAGUUGGCAUCCAUCCAGAUUACGUUAUAAAUUUAAAACGUUUGUAUUAUAAUAAUAAGGACAGUUAAUAUCGAGUAAUUUGAUACCGGAAAAAAAAAAGAAAAAUGACUUAUUGUUCCGUUUUCGCAUUAAAAAUCUGAGAGAUAUUUAAAAUGGAAGACUACUUGUUUGGUACAGGCGAGCCAUACUUUGGACAGGAACAUUCCAGUUCCAAUGAGAUGUCUACCUAUGAAGAAGAUGCAUUUUCAUUGUGCAAACUCGAGUUCAUGGCAACAAUAAAUCCUGUUGUGCUUGUCAGUGAGCUCUUUCUGUGUCAUGUAUUACCUAAACACAUUUACAUGAAUGUACUGAAGUUGAGAAAACAUGGUUCAGACAGAGAAAAAAUCUGUAAACUUUUGAUUAAAGUGUUGCCAUUGUUCUCAAAUUUACACAAUUUAGUAAAAUGUUUAGAUACUUGUAAAUAUCAUAAACUUGCUACAACACUCUUCUGGAAUUUAUUCAAAAUCAAAGCUAAAGUGCUUGUGGUAGUUAAAAAGACACGGCCAUUUCAACGGCCUACAUUACGAGAAUUCUCAAGGAAAUUAAAACGGACCAUCCAUAAUGCACCCAUAGGAAACCGAAACAUGUUUCUGAGAUAUCUAGCGAAGAUAUAUGUAAAACGUAUAGAAAAAGAGCGCGAUCCACAUAAAAGACAACUGUAUGCUGAUAAAUACAUAACAAUUAUCGCUGCAGAGAUUGAUGUCCGUGCUAUAACAUUUAACACAAAUUUACACCAAAACCGCAUUUUCGGUUGAAUGAAAUGUUUAAUAAAUGAAACAAGUAAUACUCUAGUAACAGACAUUGGGUAUUAUGGACGGUUAGCAAACGCUUAUGCAAUUGCAGGGAAAUAUUAUGACAGUGAGGAUAUGCUAAAGGAGGCAACAUGCAGGUCCUACAGUAUAAGUCCAGGUAUAGAACUGUUCAAUCUAUUAUACACGCAUGUGUAUGUGCGUUUGUGGCAAUACGAGAAAUUUCCAACACUUGAUCUAAGAGAUGCGUUAAUGUUUUGGGGAAGGUUAGGUCUUAAAAGUUUAGAAGAGGAUGAUGCCUAUUCUUUAACGGUUUGGAAAAGGAAUUUCAUAAUAAGAAUGGUAUAUUGUCUACUUGGAUUAGGGAACAGAACAAAUGUGAUUAAAAACUGUAUUGUUGACGAAUAUGGAAUACAAGAAGCAUGUCAGUUAUUAGACGAUUUUGAAAGGUAUUUCAAUGGUAUUGAAACUAGGCGCAUGAUGCUAUAUUACGUUGCAAAAGCAAGGCUGUAUGAGGUUAAGGACAACAAUUAUAUGAAAUGCAUCGACUGCCUUACAAAAGCAAGGAGAGAAGCAGUAAACGGCCGAUUUGAGGAGUUGUGUUUUAUCAUAGAGUACUACGAUAAAAUUGUUGAAACAGUUAAUCUGGAAAUUGCCAAGCGGUUGUCAGAAAGCGGAAGUCCGACAUCUUAUACAAACUCACUUGAAACAAAGCAAGAAACUGAAACUGAAAUUUCAUCGAUAUUGCAACGACCUCGCUUAAUAACAUAUUUUAAUUCUUUAAGACCGGAUUUGGCAGUAACUGACAAUCAUGUCACAUUACAGUCAUCUUGCUCAACUCCAUCCUCUCAUUCAUUUACGCCACAGGCGGAAGUGUCUGACAAUUACGUCAUGUUGCAAUCAUCUUACCUAACCCCGUCUUUCCAUUCAUUUACGCCACACCUACAAGUAACUGACAAUCAGGUCAUGUUACAGGCAUUUUGCUCAACCCCAUCUUUUCAUUCAUUUACGCCACAGGCGGAAGUUGCUGACAAUUACGUCACGUUACAAUCAUCUUAUACAACUCCGUCUUUUCAUUCACUCAGGCCACAUCUACAAGUCACUGACAAUCACGUCAUGUUACAGUCGCCUUGCUCAACCCCAUCUUUACAUUUGUUUACGCCACAGGCGGAAGUUGCUGACAAUCACGUCAUGUUACAGGCAUCUUGCUCAACCCCAUCUUUUCAUUCAUUUACGCCACAGGCGGAAGUUGCUGACAAUUACGUCACGUUACAAUCAUCUUAUACAACUCCGUCUUUUCAUUCAUAUAGGCCCCACCUAGAUGUCACUGACAAUUACGUCAGGUCACAGGUAUCUUUGGAAUCUCCAUCUUUCCAUUCAUUUACAUCACAAGUAACUGAAAAUUCUUUCAAAACAUUUCCAUCUUCAUUAAGUCUAAAUUUGAAUUCGUUUGGGCCACAGUCAAAAAUAACUGACAAUAACGCUAUCUUACAGUCAUCCUAUUCGGUUUCAUCUUUUCAUUCACUUAAGACACAGCCAGACGAAAGUGACAAUUAUGUAUUGUUAUAUUCUUCUUGUUCUACCCCAUCUUUCCAUUCAUUACGGCUACAGUCAAAAGAAACUGUCAAUUAUGUCUUGUUAGAGUCAUCUUACACAACUCCAUCUUUUCAUUCAUUAAGGCAACAGUCAGAAGAAACUGACAAUUAUGUCUUGUUAGAGUCAUCUUACACAACUCCAUCUUUUCAUUCACUAAGGCUUCAGGCAAAAGAAACUGACAAUUACGACCUGUUAGAGCCAUCUUACACAACUCCAUCUUUCCAUUCAUUAAGGCUUCAGUCAGAAGAAACUGACAAUUACGACCUGUUAGAGUCAUCUUACACAACCCCAUCUUUCCAUUCAUUAAGGCUUCAGUCAGAAGAAACUGACAAUUAUAUCCUGUUAGAGUCAUCUUACACAACCCCAUCUUUCCAUUCAUUAAGGCAACAGUCAGAAGAAACUGACAAUUAUCUCUUGUUAGAGCCAUCUUACACAACUCCAUCUUUCAAUUCAUUAAGGCUUCAGUCAAAAGAAACUGAUAAUUAUGUCUUGUUAGAGUCAUCUUACACAGCUCCAUCUUUUCAUUCAUUAAGGCAACAGUCAAAAGAAACUGAAAAUUAUGUCUUGUUAAAGUCGUCUUACACAACUCCAUCUUUUUAUUCAUUAAGGCAACAGUCAAAAGAAACUGACAAUUAUAUCUUGUUAGAGUCAACGUACACAACUCCAUCUUUCCACUCCUUAAGGCAACAGUCAAAAGAAACUGACAAUUACGUCUUGUUAGAGCCAUCUUACACAACUCUAUUUUUUCAUUCGUUAAGGCUACAUCCAGAAGAAACUGACAGUUAUGUUUUGUUAGAGUCAUCUUACACAACUCCAUCUUUUCAUUCAUUAAGGCAACAGUCAAAAGAAACUAACAAUUAUGUUUUGUUUGAGUCAUCUUACACAACUCCAUCAUUCCAUUCAUUAAGGCAACAGUCAAAAGAAACUGACAAUUAUGUUUUGUUAGAGUCAUCUUUCACACCUCCAUAUUUUCAUUCAUUAAGGCUACAAUCAGAAGAAACUGACAAUUAUGUCUUGUUAGAGCCAUCUUACACACCUCCAUCUUUUCAUUCAUUAAGGCUUCAGUCAGAAGAAACUGACAAUUAUGUCUUGUUAGAGUCAUCUUACACAACUCCAUCUUUUCAUUCACUAAGGCUUCAGUCAGAAGAAACUGACAAUUAUGUCUUGUUAGAGUCAUCUUACAGAACUCCAUCUUUCCAUUCAUUAAGGCAACAGUCAGAAGAAACUGACAAUUAUGUCUUGUUAGAGUCAUCUUACACACCUCCAUCUUUUCAUUCAUUAAGGCUUCAGUCAGAAGAAACUGACAAUUAUGUCUUGUUAGAGUCAUCUUACACAACUCCAUCUUUUCAUUCACUAAGGCUUCAGUCAGAAGAAACUGACAAUUAUGUCUUGUUAGAGUCAUCUUACAGAACUCCAUCUUUCCAUUCAUUAAGGCAACAGUCAGAAGAAACUGACAAUUAUGUCUUGUUAGAGCCAUCGUACACAAGUCCAUCUUUCCAUUCAUUAAGGCUACAGUCAGAAGAAACUGACAAUUAUAUCUUGUUAGAGUCAUCUUACUCAAUUCCAUCUUUCCACUCAUUCAGGCCUCAGCUAGAAGUAACCGACAUUUGGGACAAUAACAUCAUGUUGCAGUCAUUCUGUUCAACUUCAUCUUUCCAUUCAGUCAGGCCUCAACCAGAGGUAACUGACUUUUGUGACAAUAACAUAAUGUUGCAGUCGUUCUGUCCGACGCCGUCUUUCCAUUCCUUUAGGCCACAGUCAGUAAUAACUGACAAUUACGUUCUGUUAAAUUCAUCUUGUUCAACGCGGUCGCUUCAUUCAUUAAUGCAACAGCAGGGCAUAUCUGACAAUUACGUCUUGUUACAGUCAUCUUAUACAACUCCAUAUUUACUUUCACCUAUAUCACAGCCAGACGUAACUAACAAUUUCGUAUUGUUAUAUUCAUCUUGUUCGACCCCAUCUUUCCAUUCAUUUAGGCCACAGUUAGACGAAAGUGACAAUUAUGUGUGGUUAUAUUCAUCUUGUUCUACCCCAUUAUGCCAUUCAUUUUGGCCACAGUCAGAAGAAACUGACAAUUAUGUCUUGUUAGAGUCAUCUUACACAUCUCCAUCUUUCCAUUCAUUUAGGCCUCAGUCAGAAGUAACUGGCAAAUAUGACAAUACCAUCAAUUUUCAGCCAGUUUGUCCAAUUCCGUCUUUUUAUUCAUUAAGACCACAGUCAGAAAUAACUGCCAAUUAUGUUUUGUUAAAUUCAUCUUGUUCAACGACAUCUUUCCAUUCAUUAAUACCAAAGCAAGAGGAUACCGAUAAUUAUAUCAUAUCACAGUCAUCUUAUUUAACUCCAUCGUGUCAUUUAUUUAGGCAACAGUCAAAAAUAACUGACAAUUGCGUAAUGUUACAAUCAUCUUGUUCAACUCAAUCAUUUCGUUCACUUAGGCCACAUCCUUCAAUUUAAUAUGUACAUACAUUUCAGCAUGUCAGAAGCAACGAUUAGUAAUGUCUUGUUAGAGUCAUCUUACUCAACUCCAUUUUUCCAUUUAUUUAAGCCUCAGCCAGAGGUUACUGACAUUGGUGACAAUAGCAUCAUGUUGCAUCCAUUCUAUCCAACGGCGUCUUUUCAUUCAUUUAAGCCACAGUCAGUAAUAAGUGACAAUUACGUUCUGUUAAAUUCAUCUUGUUCAACGCCAUCGUUUCAUUCAUUAAUGUCACAGCUGGGCGUAACUGACCAUUUCGCACUGUUAUAUUCAUCUUGUUCGAGACCAUCUUUCCAUUCAUUUAGGCCACAGCUAGACGUAAGUGACAAUUAUGUGUUUUUAUAUUCAUCUUUUUCUACCCCAUCUUUCCAUUUAUUUCAGCCAGAAAAAUUGACAAAUAUGUCUUGUUAGAGUCAACUUACACAACUCCAUCUUUCCAUUCAUUCAGGGCUCAGUCAGGAGUAACUGACAUUUGUGACAAUACCAUCAUUAUGCAGCCUGUUUGUCCAACGCCGUCUUUCUAUUUAUUCAGACCACAGUCAGAAAUAACUGCCAAUUAUAAUUUGUUAAAUUUAUGUUAUUCAUCGCCAUCUUUCUAUUCAUUAAUGCCACAGCAAGAAGUUACCGACAAUUAUGUCAUAUUACAGUCAUUUCGUUUAACUCCAAUGUGUCAUUCAUUUAGGCUACAGUCGAAUAUAACCGUCAAUUUGGUAAUGUUACAAUCAUAUUGUCAACUUGAGAACCUUCAUUUCAUUUGCGCCACAUGCUGACGUAACUGAAACUUGCGUCUUACAUUUUCAUCUUGUUUAAGUCUAACUUUCCAUUCAUUUAGGUCAGUCAGAAAUAACUGACAAUUAUGUCUUUUUAGAUUGAUCUCGUCAUUGUGUCUUCAUUAAAGCCACAGCAGGAAGUAACUGACAUUUACGUCUUGUUACAAUAAUCCUUCCAUUCGUUAAUGCCACAACCGGAUGUAAAUUACACUUAUGUAUUCUUGUAUUAAAUCUGUUCGACCCAAUAAUUUCAUUCAUUUAGGUUUCAUUCAAAGGAAACUAACAAUAACGUAAUUACAUUCAAUUCGCUCACUCCAUCUUUCCUGUCGUGCAUGCAAAGCCAAAGCCAGCUGACGGUUUAGAGUUCUUGAUCACUUUUUAUAUCUCUGACAACCGUGUCUUGUUACAGUCAUUUUGCUCACCUCCAUUGUUAUUCAGGCAACUGCCUAUGGUAAAUGAUAAAUGCGUCUUAUGUUCAUCAGGUCCAACUCUACUGUCCUAUUGUUUAAGGCCGAAGUUAGAAGUAAAUGUCAAUUAUCUUUUGUUACAAUCAUCUUGUUCAAUUCCAUCUUCUCAGUUUUGUAGACCAUAUCCGGAAGUAACUAAAAUUACGUUAUUUUACAUCAAAUUUCUUCAACUCCGUUUUCAUUCAUUCGAGCAACAUUUAGAAGUAACUGUCAAAUAUGGCUUUUUAAAAUCACCUUGUUCAACUCCAUCUUCCCAUUUAUGUAGGCCAUAUCCUGAAAUAACUGACAACUACGUAAUUUUACAUUCUUUUUAUUCAAGUCCGUCUUUCCUUCAUUCUGACAACAUUUAGAAAAUACUGACAAUUAUGUUUUGUUACAAUUAGCCUGCUCAACUCCAUCAUUUCAUCUAUUUAUUUAUGCCAUAGACGUUAUUGCCAGUCACGUCGUGUUACAGUCGUUUCGACACAGCAACAACACGCCUUUAUAAAUUGUUUUCAGAUAUACUUUUUUCGGAAACAAAAGGAUUUUUCAAAAAUGAACAACCACAUGUCACAGAUGUAUCUCAUAAAACAUGCAAACACACAUAUCAACCUGCAUUUUUUCGUCCAUAAGAAGGCAUUAGAUGGCAAUUUUCAAAAACAUGGAACCCGUCUUAUUACACUUUCAUUCUCUCAGAUGGUCAUUGAUAAGUAAGAAAAGUCAAAUCCAAAAAAGGACAUUAGAUUUAAUCGAUUUUUUAAAAAAAAUUAUUAUAUCUGCCGUGAGUGAAAUUUAACAUGAAUUUGUGAUUUUUGUUCUCAGAAUUAUGAUGUAUACAGGUGAAAUAUGUUUAUUCCUUGUAACAUAUAAGAGUACUUGUAAGCAAAUUGGGUUACAUAGCAACUUUCAAUUCCUGAUAGUGAUAUGCAAGAUAUUGAGAUACGACUUAACGUGUAAUGCUUCGUUUUUGUCAUUGAAUUGUAAUUAUUGCGAUGUGCAGAUAUUAUAAUUUUAUUUAAAUACGAAUUCAGCAAUGUCAGUUUUAACGUGCUACACUAUGAACUGUUUAAUGUUCUGAGAAUAUUUGUUAAUGAACAUGUAUUUGAUUUGCCGACGACAAAAUAAUCAUAGGCACAAAUCUGCUAAAAGACUUUGAAUAUUUAGAUAAUGUUUCAAAAUUUUUACAACGAACGGCAUUCGAUCAGGAACUAUCAUGAUUAUCCUCUCAAACAAGUUUAACAGUAUUCUACACAAAUAUGCGUGUGUGCGUGCGAGCCUGUCUGCACUCUAAAUUAGAAGAACAAUCGAGUUAAAUUCAGAUCCGUGACGACUGUUUUUGAUCUGUUUAUAACAGAAGGAAAGAUCUUCAUGCUUUAGCUCUAAAAUCAAAAUUUAUUCUCAAAACAGCUUCGCAGAUAUUGAAAAAGAACCUAAGUGAGAAAUUUUCAUUCUUCUUAAAUAAACAUGAUGAAUAUUUCUUACAUAAGAAUUUAUAUUGUUCUGUUUGUUAAAUUGUCUAUGGUCAGUAAUUUUCGUCAAGUUACCUCUGAAAACCACAUUGCCACAAUACGUAUGCAAGUUCUCUUUUUUACUCCUUACAUUUAAAUAUUCAUUAUGCAAGGAUACAAUAUAAAUUUCUAGCGAAUGAUUCACUUGUAUCUGGUUUCGGUGAUUACACAUAUUUCAGUGAUGCAUUUACAAAAUUAGACAACAUGGUAAUAAAAGAUACAGAUUUAGAAAUGAAGGCCUUGAACGUCCAGAAACAGGUUCAUUGCAAUGAACAUCUCAAUUUCAUGGAGAAAGUACCUUCAUUUGCAAAUCUAGCAGAACACAUGGCGAAUGUGCCAAGGUAGUUUCUCCUUAAUGCACCACCGUUGCAGUUAUGGAUAACUUAGGCCUUAGUAUUAGAACAUAUGUUUAAAAUGUCAUAUAAAAAGGGUGAUAUAUAGUGUUUACUUUAAAGGUGACAUGCAAAGUUGUCAUUGAGUAUAUUUUAAAGAAACGUAUAUUCAUGUACACACCGUGGACUAAAUAGCAAAAGAUACAUCUUUAUAUGGCAAAUUGUCUUUCUAACAAAUUGUUUGAAAAUACUUAAAUUUGACAUAUAUAUUCAUAUUCACUCAAGCCGGUUCCAAAGCCAGUUUACUGUGUCCGUAAUUGGCUAGAAAUAAGAAAAAGGUUUUGCUUGGUAACUCUGAUUCUUAAGAAACAUAAAACUUCGUUUUAAGCUCGUGGUACUUCAAAGUUCACUCAAGUCACUUGGGAUUUACUGAUUAUAUUACUUUUAAUUUUGCCGUUACGACUCAAUGAAUUCACGUCAGAAUGGUAUAUAUUGCGUCAAUUAUUCCCUGUAAAUCUGUCUUUAUUUAUCAAAGAUAAAACAAAACACUAAUUUAAAGGAUUCGAUGGAUAUUUGACGUUUUAAAAUUUAAACAUCACCAAAUCACAGAAAGAAAGAGUUAAUUGUUUUACAUGAAAAUUGCACAGCAUAUAAAAUAAGUAAUGACAAUGAUUUUAUUGAUGUUGGCCUCCGGCCCAUAUCAACAGUUAUUUGCACAUGAUAUAUCACAAUGACAAUGACUGGAACCAAAGUGAAAUAAUCAAAGUACUUAUUGUGUACAACAUAUAUACAAUACAUAUAUACAAUAGUAUAAUGUUACCAAAGCUGCUUUGGUACCCUUAAAUACAAUCACAUGUUACACGAGUCGUUAAUGUAUGUGUGUAAUCUCUUGCUAUAUUUAGAUUCAGUUGUUAAACAUGAAAGCAAUAUUUUAAAUCUUGCGGUAGCAUGUAUAUAUAGAACUUUCAUAUAAAUAUUCAUACAAAUGCAUGUACUUUAUUACUAUGUACUAUGAAGAAUACUAACAUUAAUUUGUGUUAUUCACUCUGUUUUCACGAUUAUAUACUUGUACAUGUGUUCACAUUUGAUUCGAUAAAUACUAUUUUACUGACAUCUAUAUCUACUGGACUGAUAAUGAUAUUAAUAUCACAUAGUACUAGUAUCAUGUAACAAUUCACUCCUUGUCUUAAAUGCAUAAUAAGCAUACGUUGCUAAAUUUUGAAUAACAUUUUCAGAGUUAGAGCUCAAUAAAAUAUUAAAUUUAUGAAUGUUAAGUUUGUCAUAAAAUUUCUUAGCGAUCUACCUUGCUCUUAGUGUAGACAGUUUUUUGCAUACUAAUACAAAAUGGAACUCAUUUUCAACUGCAUUAUUACAAAGUUUACAUAUUCUUUGCUCUCUGGAUGUGCUGUCAUAUCUUCCUGUUUCUAUUUCAAGACUAUGUGAAGAAAGACGUAAAUUCGCUAGUGCAUUUCUGAAUUUUCUAAUCAUUAAAACAUUUAAGUAUUUGUUUGCAUGUUCAAAUGUAUUCUUGAACUGUCCGUACACAGAUGAUUUGGGACUAUCGUAAAUUAUUGAGUUCCAUUCCUGCAAAUAUUGGUCUUUAAAUUUUACAAUACAGUACAAUAUUCUAAAAACAAUUUUUAAUUACUGUUGGAUUUUUGAAUUUUAGAAAACGGCCACAUUUAGGGUUCACCCUUCUGGACUGUGU